UGUAAACAAGAUGUGAGUGCUAAUAAAUAGUUAAUCUUAAUCACAGGAUAUUAAAUUUAUUAAUGAAAAUACCUUAUCAGACUCAAAUAAUGAUAGAAUAUUAAAUUAAUCAGCGUUAUUACAAUUGUAAUGUACGUAUAAUCAGUUCAACCGAUCAAUAAUAAACAAAAGAAAAAGAAAUGUCUCUCAUAGCAGAUGUAUUAUUAAAUUGGAAGAUAUUUAUUGUAGGGGUUGGUUUGUUAACGUCAAUUUCUAUUAUAAAUAGUGCAUUUCCUCUACUACCUGUAAGUGGUGUUACAUUUUUAAGUUUUUCUGUACUGAUUUGGUUUGGAUCUCUUUGCAUUACCUUCUUCUAUUUACAUAAGUUGUUGCAAAGAAAUGAACCACUAGAAAUUAUUAAAGUAAGUAAACACCACAAGAAGGAACCUGUUAAAGUAAAACCAGACCCGAAAAAGCUGGAUGGCCUAGUUGGAGAUAUUGACAAAUAUUUUUUAAGUAUCUGGUAUGUGUAUAUUAGUAGUGAUGCUGAGUUUACUAAGGAGAGUAGAGUAUUCCUUGAAGAUGUUAUCAAGAGGUUAGUAGAGGUCCAAUCAUGUGUACAUAAUAAGGUUUUAACCCACAGUAUAUUGAAUAUAUUUUUGAGACACUUAAAAGAAUACAGAAGAGGAUUAAAAAGAAAGGAAAAGUACUCUGGAAAUAUUGAAGAAUUGUAUAGAUAUUCACACAUUAUUAGUACAAAUCCAAAAGUUAAGAAUUAUUUUGUUCAGCAACUGACAACGAAUGUUAUGAGACACUUUAUCAAUUCAGAAUUAUGGAAUUCCCUCCCUUGUCAAGUAUUAGUAUCAAUAAUAGCUAGAAAACUAAUUUUAUUUCUUGUUAAUUUCAUUUCAAAUCCGGAAAUUUUAAAUUACAAACUUCUCAAUUUGUUAGCUUCAAAUUUUAUAAGAGAAAAAUAUAAUUUAGAUAAAUAUAGUAGAAUUUGUGUCUCUCAGUAUUACACUGUUGUUGAUUCUACAAGGAUUAGUGAAGAUAAACUGCCAAUUGAACAAAAAUCAUCACCAACCGUUACUUCUAAUGUGCAACUUAACGAGAAUGUAGUAAUGGUUGAGAACAAAUCCAGUGAACAAGAAACUGAAGUUAGAAAACGAAAGAAUGGCAUUGUGACUCAACAAAAAGGAAAGAAAAAAGCCGAAAUACCUAAGAAAGUCGACAGUGCAGAAGAAGUAAAAGAAGAACACGCGCGCACCGAGAAACCGCCUGCCAGUGCACCUGUAAAAAUCCAUGAGCCUAGAUUAACAAGAAGUACAAAGACUUACGCAGACACUAGAGACUUGGCAUUUGGCAUAUCAUUGGGGCAAGACCCUUUGGACGCUUUACCCCUCACAAUGGAAAAUAUGAAAAUUAAAAUGGAACACGUGGAAGACUCGGCUAAUCUCUUAUUAAUUGAAGUGAAACAAACGACUCAGUCUACUAUGGAAGGCCUUAAAAGUUCCAUUAAGCCUAUAAGCGAUGCAACUGUACAUACUCUGCACAACAUCAAGGAUCUCCAAGAGUCUACUAUGAACAAUGCUUUGCACAAAAUAGGUGACUUUCAGGAUGAGGCAGCUGGUGUAGUAGAAGGUAUCUUAGAUUUUGGAAGAGCGGGACUUAGAAAAGGUCUGAGACUCACUGGUCUACACGACAACAUAGAACAAGCUAAAGCAAGUUUGAGCAUGUCUCAAUCCAGCAAAAAUCUGUCAAAGAAGAAAUCCAGUAAGACUGUAAGAUCCGAGUCUGCAGAAAGGUCAGCCGUUGAAGAAGAAUCGGUUUGGAUAAAUCCGUUGCAGAUGGAAUCGCCGAAUUUUGACGGGCAGAUUUUGUUGGAAAAGUCUAUAGAACCAGAAAAAGAGAAAAGGGAAAUGGAAAUUCCUUCGAUUUCAAUGGAAGAACCCUCUUCUGGAACAACUAGUCCUGAUCCUGAAUAUGAAGACGCAGCUGAUUUAGCAUCAAGCAUAGCAAAAUUGAGAUCGCUUUUACAACAGAGGUCUUCGGAAUCAAGUAUGUCUACCCCUGCACUUAGUCCAAUAUUGGUGCAGGCGAGAUACUACGGUCUAAAAUUUUGGGUUGCUGAUAGGUUACAGUUUUUCCAGUCUAGGCCUCCAGACGAAUUGAUGCAAAAACCAGAAAACGACAGUGCGUUGGAUCCAGAUGAGGUGGACGGUAUGAUUCCGAGCUUCUACAAGUUUUGUGCCAAAACUGCCACAGGAGUUUUGGAUAAAACUAUUCAUUCCAUUAAGACUGCACUACCGAGCCAUGUUCCAGGAGUUGAACACUCUGAUGAUGCUUGGAUUUUCCUACAAACGGACCAAAGUGAAGUUGAUGUUUUGUCACGAAUGAAAAAAUUAUUAAGCGAAAGAAAAGAGUAUUGUACCUUGGACACUGAAAUUGAUACCGCUUACGAAGCCAUCGAUUCCUUAGACACAUUCCAGCACUCGUUAUUUUCAAAAAGUAUGGAAUUCGAAGAUGAAUUGGAUGAAUUUGAAGCUAAACUGCCGAUCACGAAAGCACUAGUUGAUAUUGCUUGUGAACUUUUAUCAGAUACCGACUCCCCUCUGAUCAGGGAACCUGUUAUAAAAGCUCUCUUUUUAACUUUAGGACAUUCUGUAGAGAAAUACGUAAUAAACAUAAUGGAUUUAAGUAUGGACUAUUUGUGUACGAAUUUGAUGACAAUACCAGAAUUUACAAAUAAUAAUGUGCUCUAUCUGGAAAUGGAUGUUUUUGUUGAGUCGAUAGUUGCCAGUUUUCCAGACUCGCUUAAACUUACUUUUGGAAAAACUGCUCUCCAAAAAGCUGUGCAUUUAUUGGUGUCUUCGCUGCAAGUUCAAAAAAUUAACGAAGAUGUCAUUUUACAAAUUUUUGAGUUAAUUUCGUUGAAGUUGAUAGAAGAAAGCAGUCGUCCAUAUCCGCCAGCUUCAGCGUGAACAAGAAUCUACUUAUACAGGGUGUAACACAAGAAGCAGGUGCUCGUUGUUUUUUGGUUAUUUUAAUAUUAAGUUUUUAGAUGCUGUCCACAACGUUUUACAAAUUUAGGAUAUUCCGAAUAUUUGUUUAUUUUGAAAUUUAUAAUCCCACAGCAACUAUCUAAUGAGUCAAUAGAUGGGGAAGAAACAAACAUAAGUUAAUAAAGAUUACAUUUUACAACAUA